AUGUUCCGUGACAGAAACCAGUUCCGUGACAGAAACCAGUUUGGUCACAAGGACCAGAACGAGAAUGUGUUGAGGGGACUGAGGAUAAAAGAAGGGGACAGAGACAGUGUCAGACAGAGACCUGAGUCGUCCACACAGACGGACCACGGAGCCAAUCGGUCCGAAGGUGAAGCGUCUCCUCAACACAAAGCUGCUGCACUUCAGAUCCUACCACGAUCCCGAUCGGCCGCCAGCAUGUUCAACAUAUUAUACCUGGCUGCACUCAGUGUGCUCGCAGGUACGGCAACGACCCAGCGCGUGGACUUUACCGGUUCAGCUGAAUUUGACAUCAAGUCGUGCCCCAUCACCUACUACGGACAGAAAUAUGAUAAAUUAUAUGUGGGCUUGAAUGCCGGCAGAAUGACUGUCUGCUUCAAUGGCCAGUACGCAUCUGGAAUCAAGGACGACUGCAUUCUGAUAUCUGCAGGAGGGGCUGACAGAGGUUCCCUGUCGCUAGGCCAGCGGACUAAUGCACCUGGAUCUGUUUACCACAGGAAUCUACCGAACCUGAAACACAAUGGAACAUGUUUCAACCAGAUUGUUUUAACAAACAGUCAACAAAGAACGGAACUGGACGAGCAGGUCAACGGCACCACAGUCUCUAAACAGAGUUUCCUUAAAAGUCAAGGUUACUACUCCCUCAUGAGCGGUUGUAGACGCUCUGGCGUUGGUUAUAAGACAAACACGGUUCAAGUUCUAGACCCAAGCAUCUGCUCCACUGUUUCCUGUGAUGCGAGUGGAGUUGCUGCUCUCAAUGUGUGUGGUCCCAAGGAGCCCUGCAAUGGAAAUGGCAGCUGCAUCUCAAACAACGUGUGCAGCGUGCUCGGCUCCACGGUCGUCGGUUUCGCUGGGCGGGUCCAGGCCGUCCCGGACCGCUGUGGCUACACUCUGUUCAAGUCCACAUCCAUCCCCGGCUUCCAGGUGCUGGGCGUCUUCCAGGAGAGACGCCGGAAAGACGUCAGCUUUUUGAAACGUGUGAUCCUGCAGCUGGCGGGAGCUCAAAUCUCUCUGGAACAAGGGAGUCGAGCUCUGCUCGACACCAGAGAGCUCAGACUCAACACCACAGCGAUGGUGGUCCGUGGGUGGGAGCUCACCAAGGACCAGACUGGAGUGACGGCUAAGAUGUCAGCCUCCAACUUCACUCUUUCUGUCCACUUCGAUGGCUCCAUCUCUCACAUCCACUUGACAGGGCCAAAUGGACACGACGCACACGGGUUGUGUGGAAACUCCAGUCGCACUGUGAGUGACGAGAAAGACUCCACACACAGUGUCAGCGGCUGUGACACGCAGUAUAACGAGGCUGCGGACCCGACUAUCAACUGCAACACCUCAACUGACUGGUGUAACCUCCUGAAGCAGGCUCCCUUUACUGCCUGCAACAUGCAACAUGACCCAGAACCCUUCAUUGCUGCCUGCACACAGACGCUGUGUAAAUACCCUGAAGGGGAUGGUCUCAAGUGCCAGUUCCUGGAGGCGUACGCCAGAGCCUGCAGCCUCUCCAACGUCACACUGGAGGAAUGGAAGUCAGAGACCCCAUGCUGUAAGGCUGGCUUCUGUCAGGACACGUUCUGCAGUGAGCACGAGUUCUGUGGGAAGAAGAACAACGGGGGAACCGGCUGCGUCUGCCGGGCCAUGUUCGCCUCCAAGUACAACUCAACCGACUCCUUUGGAGAGCCAAUGGUCUGCGAGCAGAACGCUGCUAAGCUGACUAUGGCUAAAUGUCUCUUGGAGGACAAAGGCAUCGACUUCUCUGUCUUGCAUCUCAAUGACGAGGCCUGCAAAGGUGAAAUGGACAAUGAGACCCACAUGGUGACGUUCGGCUUCGACAGGAAGAAAACCUGUGGAACAGUGAUCCUGGCAAACAACAGCCAAAUCCUCUACAAGAACACCAUCGUGAACCGGAACAGCUCCAUGUACGGCGUUAUCAACCGUCAGGACUCGGUUCAUCUCGACUUCUCGUGUCUCUACGAUCAGCCGGACAUCAGGACCUUUACCUUCACACUCAAAGACAGCUCCGUCACCCAGCAGAUCACUUCUGGACGAUGGAUUUACAAUCUCACCAUGACGGCCUACAAGGACCCUAACACCAAGGAAGCCUUGCAACAACGUACCGAAAUGCAACUGGACGAGCCGUUGUGGGUGGAGCUGAACGCGGAUGGGCUGGAUGACAAAAUGGUUGCUGUGGUGACGGACUCCUGCUGGGCGACCGACCAGCCCAGCCCGAACGGAAGCCUGAGAUAUGACCUCAUCAUCAAAGGCUGCCCUAACCCCGCUGACUCCUCGGUGAAGGUGAAGAACAACGGACAGGGAACAUCCAACCGUUUCUCCUUCAACACGUUCCAGUUCUCUGCCAAGGAUGGUGAGGUCUUCUUGCACUGCAGAGUGAAGCUGUGUGUCAAGAAGGGUAACAACUGCAUCCCGUUCAACUCCAUCUUGCCCCUGAAGCUCGUCACCGAGCUCAGAGACCUUGGGCUCAACAUCGCCCUCUAUGGGUGGAUCCUGAACUUCCUGACGGGCGGACCACAGGCGGUCCUGACUCUCAACACCGGUGCCCCCCAGGGCUGCGUGCUCAGUCCUCUCCUGUACUCCCUGUUCAUGCAUGACUGCCUGCCCCCCCCCCUCAGCUCCAACACCAUCGUUAAGUUUGCUGAUGACACCGCUGUCACAGGCCUGAUCACCGGCGACGAUGAGAAGGCCUACAGAGAGGAGGAGCUGAUCGUGGAUUACAGGAAGAGACAAGGAGUGGAACACGCCCCCCUCUUCAUCAACGGGACCACGGUGGAGCGAGUCAGCACCUUCAGGUGCACCACAGAGAGCAUCCUGACCGCCUGGUACAGCACCUGCACCGCCCUCAACCGUAAGGCUUUACAGAGGGUGGUGAAGUCUGCUCAGCACAUCUCCAGGACGGAGCUGCCAUCCAUGGAGGACCUCUACACUGUUCUCCGCGGUCUCCUGUCGGUGCAGGUGACGUCAUGCAAACCGUCCGGUCCCAGCCGAGUCGGACUGAAGCGGACCAGCGGGGUGUCUGGACCCGGUCCAGGCCCGGAACCGCUCCACGGACCGGAAACGAGUCUUUGA